AUGACAGGCUGUAAAGCAAGAUUAAUUAUAAAAAAAAAAAAUUACAACAAUAAAUGUAACAACAAUAAAUGUAGCAACAAUAAAUGUAGCAACAAAAAAUGUAGCAACAAAAAAUGUAGCAACAAAAAAUGUAGCAACAAUAAAUAUAGUAACAAUAAAUAUAGUAACAAAAUAAAGAAAAAAAGCAAAGGAAAAAAUGAGCAUGGGGAUAAUAUUGAUGAGAGAUCCCUAUUGCAAAAAGAAAUUGAUGAAAAACUAGGGAUUGUUGUAGAGGAAAAUAAAAAAAAACAAUAUGAAGAACAGUGGAAAAGUAAUAUAAACAAAAAUGACAGUAAUAGUAUUAGUGAAAAACCAAAUAUAAAUGUGGAAGAUAGUAAAAAUGAUAAAAAGAAAGAUAAAAGUAGAAAGUAUAAAAAUAACUUAACCAUAAUUGAUAAACAUGUUUUAACAUCACACGAGUUUAAAACAUUACCAAUAAGUAAAAGGACCUUAAAAGCUUUAAAUGAAAACAACUUUGUGCAUAUGACAAAUAUACAAUCCGUGUCUAUACCGAUUGUUUUAUUAAAUAAACAUAUUUAUGCUCAAGCCCAAACAGGUACAGGGAAAACUUUAUGCUUUUGUAUACCUUUAGUUGAAAAAAUGUAUAGGAAUAGUAUUGAUAGCUAUAAUAAAAUUUUGGGAGGAUUAAUAAUAACUCCAACCAGAGAAUUAGUAUUUCAAAUUUUUGAAGUUUUAAACAUGUUAAAUAAAUAUCAUAAAUUAAAUAUUUGUUGUGCAAUAGGGGGAAAAGAUGAAGAAAGAGAAAAAUGUAUUUUUAGUUAUGCCAAUAUUAUUGUGUGCACAACUGGAAGACUACUAUUCCAUUUGGAAAAUAAUUAUUACUGCAAUUUAGAUUAUUUAAGUACUCUUGUAAUUGAUGAAAUAGAUAAAUUAAUUGACAAAAGUUUUUAUGAUAAUUUAAAAAACAUUUUAUUAUAUAAACCAAAGGAAAAUUGUCAGAUAUGUUUAUUUUCAGCAACGAUAUGUAAAUUUUUAAAUAUUAUAUUAAAAACGUUUUGUGUGAAAGAUUAUGAAUAUGUCAGUAUUAAUGACAAUGAUAAAUAUAUAGAAAAUAAUAAUGUGCAACAAAUUUUUAUCGAAUGCAGUAUUUAUAAUAAAAUUAAUUAUUUGUAUACUUUUUUAUUUUCAAAAAAAAAUAAAAAAAUAAUUGUUUUUUUCUCAACAUGUAAACAAGUUCGAUUUAUGUAUGAAGCUUUUAAAAAGAUAAAAGUUGGUGUUAUGAAAUUUUUACAAUUACAUGGAAAAUUAAAACAAACGUCUAGAUUAAACACAUAUCAUUUUUUUUCAAAAAAACAAAAUUUUGUUUGUUUAUUUACUACCGAUAUUGCUUGUAGAGGGUUAGAUUUCGCUUCAGUGGAUUGGGUUAUACAUUUUGAUUUUCCAGAAACUGUCGAAACCUUUAUUCACAGGUCAGGUAGAACAGGUAGAUUUACGAAUGUUGGUAAUAGCCUUAUAUUUUUAACAAGUGAAAUUGAUGAUAAAAAAAUAUUUUUACAUGUUUUAAAAGAAAACAAUAUAGAAAUUAAGGAAAAGUUUAUUAAAAAACAAAAGCUAUUCGAUAUAAGCAAUAAAAUACACUCUUUAAAUGCUGCUUUUGUUGAAAUAAAAUAUCUAGCAAAAAAGGCGUUAGUUAUAUAUUUAAGACAUUUGUACAUUGUUAUGAAAUUUAAGGAUAUAAAGAAAAUAGAUUUAAACCAGCUGGCUUACGCAUAUGGCUUGAUUGAAUUUUCCGCGGAUAUGAUGGAAGAAUUGAACAUAUCUUCAAAUAACAAAGUAGCCGUUAACAGGAAGAGGACACGGUUCGAAAAGUAUUUGGAAAUAUUGAAUAGUAAGAAGCUAAAGAAGAGAAGCGAACGAAAAGAAGGGAAGACAGAGGAAAGGGCGGAGGAAGAGGUAAGGGAAGAGGAAGUGUCAAACGGGGGGAACACACACAAAUGUGUUUUAAAUAGCAAACGUAGCAGUUAUAACCAAAAUGAAAAAGAUAGUAUUAUAUUCAGUUCAGAGAAGAAGAACAAAAUUUUGAAUGAUUAUAAACAUAAUGAUAUAAGUGAUAAUGAAAUUUUGGUAGAUAGGCAUAUAGAAGAAUUAGACGAUGAUUUUUUUAAACCAAAAAAGGUUGAAAUAGAAGAUAACUCCCUAAUAUUACUGCCAACUAGAAAAAGAAAGAAACGAGUUAAAGUAGCUAAAACUUUAAGUAAUAGUAUUUUAUAUGAUGAGGAUGGGAAUGAAAUAAAUGAUGAUAAAACUAAAUUAAAAAUUUUACUUGAUGAAUUAAAUGAAGAUAAAAAAGAUGGUAACCAAGAUGAAGAAGAUGAACAUAUUGACAUAUUUAAUGAAAAAACAUACAUUGAGUCGCUGAAAGAAAAAGUUGAAAAGGAUAACGAACAAACAAAAUUUAGCAAGCUAAGAAAAAAAGAAAAAGUUAUACAAUUAAAAAUGAGUGACUCAUAUAGCUCGGAUGAACAUUCUGAUCUUGCGAAAAAUCCUUUGUACGAUGAAAAUGAAGAGUCAUGUAGUUCCUGUGAUAAUAAUAACACAUAUAAAAAUUUAGAACAAAAAGCAGAUGAUUCCUUUAUUAAAGAUAAAAGAAACAGAAAAUUACACAAUAAUAAGAGUGAAACAAAAAUGAGCGAAGAAAAUAUAAACGAAGAUAUAUCAUGUUUAGAAAAUAAAGUAUUGGCAUUUUUAUAG